AUGACCAAUGAUGAAAUUUUCAGCGAUUGCCCUGACUAUAGGCCAUCAUCGGAGGUUCACGAAGGUUUCUUGGUUCCAGAUGGUAUAUCGCCGUUAUCAUCCUCUGAUGUCAUUGAACCAAUGAGGAAGGUGGCUAGCCUCCCCGAUGAUAGUCUUCAUAAUAAACAAAGAGCCAGAUCAAAUGGAGGCCUUUUUAGUACACACCUUACGGAUACGAAGAUAACUGCAUUAUCAGGAGCACUAUCGGGCUUCAUAUCAGGAAUUGUUGUUUGUCCACUUGACGUGGCCAAAACUCGUCUACAAGCUCAGGGAUUACAAUCAAGUGGAGAGAAUAAAUAUUACCACGGUCUUGUUGGGACUUUCAGGACAAUAGUUAGAGAUGAGGGUGUAAAAGGCCUUUACAAAGGACUUGUUCCGAUAAUAAUGGGAUACUUUCCUACAUGGAUGAUUUAUUUUUCUUUCUAUGAAGUUUGCAAGGACUUUUAUCCGAGGAUCUUCCCACAUUGGGAUUUUGCCUCAUAUUCAUGCUCUGCGAUCACAGCUGGCGCUGUUUCCACAAUUGUAACCAAUCCAAUAUGGGUGAUAAAGACGAGAUUAAUGUUACAAACUCAUGUAUCUCAUCACCCAACUCAUUACAAAGGUACAUUUGAUGCUUUUAGAAAAAUUUAUAAACAAGAAGGUUUUAAAUCAUUUUAUGCAGGUCUGGUACCGUCCUUCUUGGGGUUGCUACAUGUUGCGAUCCACUUCCCUGUAUAUGAAAAACUAAAAGUAGCAUUCAAUUGUUAUAAUUUAAAGGAUAAUGAAACUACCAAAAGACAAGAUCAGACUCUUGAUCUAAAAAAACUAAUUAUGGCAUCAUGUGUAUCCAAAAUGACUGCCUCUUUGAUAACUUAUCCGCAUGAGAUUUUGCGAACUAGAAUGCAACUAAAAUCUGAUUUACCUAAUUCCGUUCAACAUAGGUUAAUUCCAUUGAUCAGGGCGACAUUCCAUUCUGAAGGGUUUAGAGGAUUUUACUCCGGCUUCACGACCAAUUUAGUGCGUACUGUGCCGGCAUCUGCUAUAGCUUUAGUUUCUUUUGAAUACGUGAGGAAUCAUCUGACGAAUAUUAACGAAGCGAAGUAA